AUGGAACUGGUCACCCACCACCCCAACAUGACCCCCAGCCACUGGGCAGGGUUGAGGCACCAGCACCAUUUCAUAAAAUCAAGAGCUGCCAUUCGGAGAAGAUCUAAGACUCCUGGAGUGAUAAUCACACAGUAUGUGGUGAAUCUGCCAGAGGGGAAAACCACCCCAGAUUUCCAGUUUAAACCUAUGCCAUUAGAAGUUAAGGAAGGACAAUUAGCUAUUUUUACAGCGGUGGUGACAGGGGAUCCAAAACCAAAGGUGACAUGGAGAAGAACAAAAGGGAAUCUUUCAGACACAAAGAAAUUUCUGAGUACAUAUGACGAAUCGACUGGAGAACAUAUAUUAGAGAUCCGCAAAGUGUCAGCUGAGGAAUUGGAUACUUACAAGUGCACUGCUGUGAAUGAAUUCGGCAAGGCUGUCUGCACAACAACAUUAAGUCUGGGUGAUGCUCCAACAGAUCCAUCAGACUUCAGAAAAAUGCUUCGGAGAAAGAAAGCAGAAGACAAAACAGCAGAGGGGGAAAAAGAUGAGAAAUUCUGGGAAGCAAUGCUGAACGCUGACAGGAGUGACUACGAACGCAUCUGUGCAGAGUUUGGUGUUAAAGACUUGCAGUCAAUUAUGAAAAAACUGGCAGAGAAAAAGAAGGAAAGAAGGAAGAACAACUGUAAGGAUGAUGGGAUUCAGUAUGAUGAAGAUCUACCAGAGAAGCAUGGCAUUAAGACUCCUAUUAGGACAAAGAAUGGUCUGAUGCUCAAGGAAACUGUGCAGAAACAAGUAAAUGAAGAGGUCAACCGCCUGUUCACUGAGUUAAAACUUGAAAAAAUGGACUUUGUUAUCAAAAUUCAGGAAAUCAAAGCUGAAGAAAAUGACGAUGCACUUUUUGAGUGUGUCCUAACACACCCACUAUCUAAGAUUUCAUGGAUGGGCAAAGGAAGUGAGCUGGAAGAUGGGGAGAAAUACAGCAUAGGUGUGUCAGACCACCAACUGAUCCACAGCUUGCUAAUCAAGGACUGCACACUACUGGACAAAGGCAUCUACUCAGCUGUGGCAGGCAGAGCAUCCUGCAGUGCUUGGCUGGUUGUCGAAGAGCGUGACCCUGCAUCCACUGGGAAGAAAACAGUCCGUAGAACUAGCUUUCCCUAUAGCAUCGACCUCGAACAAAUGGCCAAAGAGCAACAAAUAAAAAACCAGGAGGAGAUGGAGAAGAUUCUAGCGGCUGUAAAAGCAAAGUAUGAGGAGGAACUGAAAGAAGGGAAGAUAUUAACCAACAGUGAAAGAGACGCUGACAUCAGUGAGGUCACUGGACUGGGUAAAAACGGUGAAGUAAUAGAGGUUAAGUCAAAAGGGAAGAAAGGAAAAGUCAAGUUCAAAAUCCAGAGAGAAGACGGCACAGAAGUCGAAUUAGAUGAUACAGAGUUUUUGUCAAAUGCAGAGGAUGAUCCUAACAGUGAGAACUACAACAGAUCUGGUCAAGAGGAUUUUGACAAGGUAACAGGUGAAAAUGAUUCUGAUGGAAAUGAGGACUCUUCUAAGUCUGCAAGGCGCGCCGGGCACAAAAAGAAGGGCCAGCGGAAACAACGCACAGCUGAUCAAAAUGAAGUAGAAAGUGAGGAUGAAGAAAGUGAGAGCGAUGAGUAUGACGACUCAAACGGUCAGAUAAAGCCUUCAAGUGGUUCAAAGAAAGGGAAGAAAGGUAAACGGUCAAAGAAAGCAACAAAAGAUGGUGAAAGUGCAGGUCCAGAAGGCCACAAUGAGAGUGAAGACACUGAAGAUGCAACUGGCUCUGUUAAGAAAUCUAGGCGUAAAAGAAAAGGGCCGUUAAUAGAAGACACAGUCAUUGAUCCAGGGGUUCAGUUCAUCUGUGGUUUGUCAGAUGUCAGUGCUAUCAUCCAUGAGACUGCAGAGUUAACAUGCAAGCUCAGCAGUGAAGACUGUGAUGGCAUCUGGUACAGAGAUGGAAAAAAGAUAUCCCCUGAUGACAAUUUUACUAUCAGUAAGGACGGUGCAAUCCAUAAAUUAGUCAUUAUAAACUGCACAGAGGAGCACUCUGGGAAAUAUCGCUUUGAGGCAGACGGCCGUAAAACAGAGGCGAUGAUCAAUGUCAAAGAUCCCCCAAGGUUUGACCCUGAAGCCUUCAGUGCAUUCAUAGAGCCACUGACAGUUAAAACAGGCCACAGCGCCAUCUUCAAAAUGCAUUUUGUUGGCCAUGAACCCAUAAAAAUUCAGUGGUACAAAGAGGGAGACGAGCUCCAAGAGGAUAGCAGUACAAGGAUAGAGAAAUCUGCAAGUCACAGCCGCCUGCUCAUGAUCAGGUGCCAACGGAAAGACACAGGGGAGAUCAAGAUCAAGCUGAAGAACGAACACGGCUUCACUGAGGCAAUUACGCAGCUCAGUGUGCUCGACAAACCUGCUCCACCUCAGGGUCCUGCAGAGGUAAUGGAAAACUCAGCUAUGUGUAUUGAAUUUAAAUGGAGACCUCCAAAAGAUGAUGGUGGCUCACCAGUGAUUAAUUACAUCCUGGAGCGACAACAAGUGGGACGAAACACCUGGAAGAAAUUAGGAGAAAUCCCAGGUGUGCCCAGCUACCGGGACACAGACGUGGACCAUGGUCGGAAAUACUGUUACCGCAUCCGAGCAGUGACAGCUGAGGGUACAAGUGAGGUGAUGGAGACAGAUGACAUGCAAGCCGGAACUCUAGCUUUCCCCGGCCCUCCUGCACCUCCAAAGGUGGUCAGUGCUUUCGAUGACUGCAUCAACAUUUCCUGGGAUUCACCGAGCAACAAAGGAGGCUCACGCAUCUUGGGCUAUAUUUUGGAGAAAAGGAAGAAGGGAAGUAACCUGUGGACUGUUGUGAAUGCCUUGGAUGAACUGAUAAAAGAAAAGAAAUACGCUGUUAAAGAUGUAGUGGCAGGCAUGGAGUAUGAAUUCAGAGUUACUGCCAUUAACCUCUCAGGAGUAGGGGAAUUCAGCAGCCCAUCAGAGUUUGUUUUUGCUCGGGAUCCCAAGAAGCCUCCAGGUAAGGUCGUAGGCCUGAAGGUGACAGAAACGUCAUACUUACACGUCACUCUGACUUGGACCAAACCGGAGGAUAAACCGGGGAUACAGGAUGAAGCAAAGGGUUAUUUUGUUGAAGUCCGGCCUGCUGAGGACAUUGAAUGGUCUCGCUGUAAUACUACAACCCUCAUCACGACCUCCUACAGUGUAAAAGGCCUUAAAGCCAUGGGCAUGUACUGGCUGAGAGUGAUUGCAAGUAAUGAUGGAGGAGAGAGUGCUCCGGAGGAGCUGCCCAACUAUGUCCUUGCUAUGCCCUCGCCAGUGAGGCCAAAGUUCACAAACCACAAGAUGAAGAGUUUCAUGGUGGUGAGGGCAGGAAACUCUGUGAGGAUAACAGUCAACUUUGAGGCUUCACCGCGGCCAAAAAUAUUGUGGCUGAAGGACAAUGUUCCAGUGACAAAGAGAGUCACAAUCAGUAACUCUGAUGGCUCAUCACAGCUGCUGAUCCCCUCCUCAGAGCGCUCUGACACUGGCAUCUACUCCAUUUUAGUGAAAAAUCUUGCAGGACAGGAGACAUUCAGCAUAGAGGUCAGAGUCACAGAUGAUCCAAAGCCUCCAGGACCAGUAGAACUGGAGGAAAAUGUCCCUGGCACAGUCACAGUGAUCUGGGAGCCAUCUCCUGAUGAGAAGCGUGAUGACCGCCUCCACUACAUAGUGUCCAAACUGGACUCCACCAAGCGCACAUGGACCACAGUGGCAGACAGACUCUUUAAUAACAAGUUCACAGUCUGCAACAUCAUGCAGGGGAGGGAGUAUCAUUUCCGUGUCUAUGCCAAAAACGACAUGGGUGUAUCUGCACCUUCAGAGUCUCCAACCUGGGGGAUGGAGAAGAAGAAAGAAAAGUUUAUAGUGAGCAUACCGACCAGAGAAGACUGUGAUUUGCGAUGUCCUCCAACCUUCAUUGUGCCACUAAAGCUUCACACUGCACCCAAAGGCUACGAAUGCUACAUGAGCUGUGCAGUGAAGGGAAACCCCAAACCUCGCAUCACGUGGUAUCGAAACCACAUCAGUCUGAACACUAAUGCCAACUAUUACAUCUCAGACACCUGUGGAGUUUGCUCCAUGCUGAUUCUCCGCGUAGGCCCUAAAGACAUGGGCGAGUACACCGUCAGUGCAGAGAACGCCCUGGGACGAGCUGAGUGCACCACCGUGCUCAGUGUCAGAGGUGAGGGAGAAACACAACUGCACUUUAAAGACCCUGUAAAGUGA